AUGGCGUUGCCCGUCGCCAGCAGCAGCAUGGAAUUGCAGCCGGACAAAGGGCUCUGCGUCCCCAACAACAUUAGCGACUGGAGGCAGAAGUAUGAAGAGUCCAGGAUCCGCAGAAACUCCAUCCCCCCAGCAAAGACUCCCACCGCCAAACACAUGUUGGCUUACCUGCCUCGGCCUCCCACUGAAAGCGGAAGAUAUGGGACCUUUCCUCAGAAGCCUGAAAUGAUAGCUGUUCCUAUGGGUCCUUUAGACGAGAGCCGCCGGCAAACAGAAACUGCAACCACAAAGAGAAGUGCCCUGACAUGCAACUAUGUUUCUGUAUCCUGCAGCUCAAACAUCCCCAACGACAGGUCAGUCCUUCUCCAGAGGAGGCUCAGCACGGUGGAGCAGGCCAGCUACGGUGCAGUUGUGCCUACUAAACAUCGGCCCAGCGUCUCCAUCAAUACAGAAGAGCUGCCCAAAUACCACCGGUCCUCUAGGACUGACCCGCCGCCACCUUCUCUGCUGAGAGACUUCAAUGCCCGGCUUUAUCCCCAGCAUGCUUUCAGCGCGCCCAGCAUAAUCAACUCUGCACGGAACAAAACACCAACCCGUAGCAUCAUCUCGGUACCCAGCUCAGACAAAGGGCAGAGCAGGCGUUGCAAACUCAUGGAUGAUGACCGGCAGUUUGGCGGGGGGAACAAGCAGAAGAGGCAGCGCUACGUGACCAAAGUGGGCAAGUGCCAGGUGAACUUGGGCAACAUUCAGGAAAAGAAGAGGUUCUUGUCGGACAUCUUUACCACCAUUGUGGACCUCAAGUACCGUUGGUUCCUCUUCGUCUUCAGCAUGUGCUACAUCAUCACCUGGGUGGUCUUUGGACUCAUGUAUUACUUUGACGCCUGGGUACGAGAUGAUGUCAACCAUAUAGGUGACCCCGAGUGGAAGGCUUGCAUUGAGAACAUUGAUAAUUUCAUCUCUGCCUUAUUAUUCUCUGUGGAAAGUCAACGGACUAUUGGCUACGGUUCCCGGAUUGUGACCGCCAAUUGCUCAGAAGGAGUCAUCUUGCUAAUGGCCCAGUCCAUCAUUGGUUCUAUGAUAGAUGCCCUCAUGGUGGGGUGCAUGUUUGUCAAGAUCUCCAGGCCCAAGAAGCGUGCCCAAACCUUAAUAUUUAGUAAGAAGUGUGUGAUCUCCCACCGAGAUGAGCAGCUCUGCCUCAUGUUCCGCAUUGGGGACCUCCGGGACAGUCACAUGGUGGACGCAAAGAUAAGAGCCAAGCUGAUCAAGUCCAGGCAAACGAAGGAAGGGGAGUUCAUCCCGCUGGAGCAGUCGGAACUGAACCUGGGCUAUGACACAGGGGAGGACCGCCUCUUCCUUGUGGAGCCACAGAUCAUUUGCCACGUCAUUAACGAGCUCAGCCCUUUCUGGGAGAUGACAGCGGAUACACUGAAGAGGGAGCAAUUUGAAAUCAUCGUCAUCCUUGAAGGCAUUGUGGAAGCCACAGGAAUGACGUGUCAAGCCCGGACAUCGUACGUGGAGGAUGAGAUCCUUUGGGGCCACCGUUUUGAGCCCUGCAUGUCUCUGGAAAAAGGAGCCUUCCGUGUAGAUUACACCAGGUUCGAGAAGACAUUUGAGGUUCAGACCCCAGUGACAAGCGCACGAGAGAUGUACGAUCUGAGGGAGAUGGAAAACCAGGACCAAUCGACUCUAAGCUUGUAUUGGGACCAUCUGGUGCACCCUUGCCUUUCGUCAGAACUCAACCAUGAAGCUCGGCAAGGGGAUGGUCCCAGUGAGGAGGGCCUCUCCAGGCUGGGGUUCUCCAACAUCACAGAGGAGGAGAGAAGCAAUGAGUACCAGAACUAG